AUGCCCGACGAGCUGGGCGAUCGCGAGGAGGGUCCCACAAAUAGCCGCUUUGGGGGGCGAGGCGUCAUCGCGGCCAAGCUGCAGGUCGCGGCGGCGAUGGUGUACAAGUGCGACGGCGAGUUGAUGCCGACCAAGUCGCUAAAGAAGAACAAGCGGCUCGGGCCGGUGCAGAAGGCCGAGCCCGACGAGCCCGCGGUGCCGACCUCGGUCGUCGCGGCCGAGCCCAAGGCUGUGCUGGGCGCGGCGGCGAUCGUUUCGCCGCCGACCACGGUCGGACCCCUCCUUCCCGCCCCCACCGACGCCGGCAUUAAGCUGCCAGUGAAGGCCGAGGCCGCGGUGGUCAAGAAGAACACGAUUGUGGCAGUUCCCCCGCCACUCUCGCGGAAGCCGGCGGCGGGGCGCAUAGAGCCCACGCCUCCACCGCGGCGCAAGAUGAAGAAGAGCGAGCCCCCCUACUACUCGGGGCACGUCACGCCGGCAGGCAAGGGCAAGCAGAAUGUGCUGCCGCCCGGCUACUUUCGGACCGUCAAGGGUGCCAGCGACCGCCACCACUGGAACUACCACGGGCCCGACGGCUGCAUCAUCUCCGACUUCAGCGAUUGGGACGGCUACGGCAGCGCAGAGGAGGACGGCGAGCUCGCGGGGGAAUUCGCCUCGCUCUACGCGUCGCCCGCCUCGGCCACGUGCUCUCCGCGUUCCCCUUUCACCGACGCCUACUCUGCCAUGACGUCGAAGAGUGCGUCGCCCGCAUUCAGUGCACUGGAGGGGCUCGACGACUUCAACCUGCCGCCGGCGCUGACUGACCUGUUCGACGACGCCUUGCGGUCUCGCACGGCGAGCCCGUUUGCCGUGCAUGCCGACUACCCGCCCGCCUCGCCCCUCGCCGACGGCCUCGGCGAGCUGAAUAGCCCCUGGUCGGACGGGGGCGGCCUCGCGUCCGGCGCACUGUGGCGCGAGGACGUCGUUCCAAAGGACAUCCCGACGCUUGCCGCAAAGGACGCCCCGCCGCUCCACAGCGGCGAUGCCGGGGCCGCCCACGACGAGGCGCCGCCCUCUACUCCCGCGCCCGUGCAGAGCGGCGUCGGAGAGCGCGAGUCGCAGCGGCAGCGCAAGGCGCCGUCGCGCUGGUCCGCCGACCCGCUCUCUAAGAUCAUCGGGCGGGUCAUCGCGUGCGGCACGCCGGGCUGCUCUCGCGGGGCCUACCACGAUGGGCUCUGCUCGACCGAGCGGGCGGGCAAGCGCACCCGCUCGACCACUAACAAGAACGGCCGCAAGCGGUCGCGAGCGGGCCCCCAGCAGUAG